UCCAGAAGAAUGUUGCAAAAGAUGUUAUGAAGAGCCUUUAUGUGUUAAUUAUAUUUAUUCUAAUUCAACAACUUCUCAAUGUUUUUUAUAUGGUGAUAGUGCCCGUGGAUGUUUCCCUAACUUUCAAGCACCACCGACUGAAAUUUCACCUCCACAGUAUUUCGGCAUUGUUGGUUGUAAUUAUUGUAGAGCAUAA